GUGUGUGUGUGUGUGUGUGUGUGUGUGUGUGUGUGUUUGUCAUUAUUACAUUGUGUGGCCAUGCAUCAGACAGCCCAGUCACGCCGUGGGGUCCAAUUUUUUUGUGGGGUCCAAAACCCUGGACCCCACAAAUUUUACCUCAUAUUCAUUAUAAUUAAGGUCAGAACUAUGCCCUGUGAAGUUUUCAGGGUUGUCCCCAAAAAUCACUUUUACCGACUUAGUGUGUAUAAGUGUGCUAACAGGAGGUAACUCAGUAUCAGCCACUACUGGCCAAGGCAGGUACUGCAUCCCACACACACAUUCCAUUCUCCACACACACUUUGCUGAACUGCGCAUGUGCAAGCAGCCAUCUUCCAACAUAUUGAGCUGUUUGAUUAGCUGGUAGCACUUAGCUCCUUAGCUUAGUGUCUUUAAUGAAAUACAGAAUUAAAAACACAAAUAUAUACAUUUUUGGUGAGUUUGACUUGUGUUGUCACAAUAACAAGCAAUGAAUCAUUAAUCAUUAAUUAUGUAAAUAACAAAUAUAAAAAGAUUUGAGAGAUUACAGACUACAGCUGUUGUUAGCAUAAAUGCUAACUUAACAUUGAAAAUGCCAUAGACAAGCUAAACGUUAGCAUACAUGCUAACUUUACAUUGAAAUCGGCUUAGACAAGCUAACCGUUAGCAUAAAUGCUAACUUAACAUUGAAAACGCCAUAGACAAGCUAAACAUUUGCAAAAUGCUAAAAUAUUAUGUUCUAAGAGUGCUCAGAUCUUGUGCUUGAGUAAAAGAUUACUCAGAUAUUGCACUUGUCACCUUUUUCAUACCUGAUGAGUUUACAUCCCUGUAUAUAUAUAUAUAUAAAAUACAAAUAAAAAUGUUCUUAAUAUUAGCCUUGUUUUAAUGGUCAGAUUGGGUCACCUUGAUUUAAUAUUGGGACAUUCCUGGUGGGCGGAGACAGGAAUUCUCAUUGUGAUAGCAUGACCACCCUUACAGGAUGUGCUGACUCUUUAAAACAAGCGCUCCAUAUGAGGACAGAACCACGUGAAUUUCGUUUUGCACUUCACUGGCAGUGGGAUCGUAGCUAAAAAGGUGAGUUAUUAUUUUAAAGGCACAUAUGUUACUGAACAUUAACCAGGUAGCUUACAUUCAGACUAUGAAAAUGUGUUUGCAUGCUUUAAAAUGUAGCAAUCAACAUGAAGUAACUCAGUAAAAAACAGUUAUAGCAACAGGUUUUGUAUAUUAAUAAUUUCACUUUGGAGAGAUUGCUACCUCAUGUUAGCAGGCUAGCUAACGUUAGCUAACGUUGCUAGCAUUGAAACACCUGCUUAGUCUGCUUCAAUCUAGGGCUGCUCAAUUAAUCGUAUUUUAAUCGCAAUUACGAUUAUGGCUUGCAACGAUUACGAAAACAAUGUAAUUGAAAUAAAACGAUUAUAUUUUUAUUUAUUUUUUUGGAAAUUAUUUUUUUAUUGGUUUUUCAGUUGAAUUGUAAUUACAGUUCAGGGUAAUCAACUGUUAGAACAUACUGUUCACAUUUUUUUUCUCCAAUAAAUUGAUGUUUUCAAGGUAAAUGGAUAAUCGUUUUUAAUAAUGGUGAUAUCAAUUAUUGACCCAAAUAAUCGAGAUUAUGAUUUUUGCCAUAAUCGAGCAGCCCUACUUCAAUCCAUCAACUAGAUGUAGUUGUCUAAUACUUAAAGUAUUUGAAUGAAUUGCAAUAAUUAUGGUGGUGUCUGGUCACAUUAACGCUUCAUUGUUUUUGAUUAUAGGAUACACUAUGGCGGGACUGAGACGCAGGAAACCCCCCCUCAAGGAUGCGAUCGAACAUGCAAGCGAGGCAGUUGACAAGACUGCAAAAUUGGAAGUGAUGUACAUCAACUCUUUUAAAGGUCGAGGGGUCUUUGCCACUUCUCAUUUCCAAAAAGGAGACUUUGUGGUGGAGUACAGAGGGGAAUUAAUACAUUCUGAAGAAUCACAAAAGAGGAGGAGGAUAUAUCAUGUCAGCUGUGCUGUCUUUAUGUUUGACUUCUACUGGCAAGAAAGAACAUGGUGUGUUGAUGCUGCACAAGAAGAUUCCAGUCUAGGAAGAUUAGUCAAUGAUGACCACAAACAUCCAAACUGCAAAAUGAAGAAGGUCAUGGCAGAGAACAAGCCACACCUCUGUCUCUUUGCUCUUCGAGACAUUAAUCCUGGAGAAGAGAUAAUAUACGAUUACGGAGGAACUGAUUGGCCUUGGAGAAAACAGGUUGGAGAGCCAGCUACUGCCAUCGAGUCUUCUGAGGCUGAGAUCCCCAGUACGAGUGAGCCAGCUCCUCAGAGAUCUUCAAUCUCCGACACACAGGUUGGAGAGCCAGCUACUGCCAUCGAGUCUUCUGAGGCUGAGAUCCCCAGUACGAGUGAGCCAGCUCCUCAGAGAUCUUCAAUCUCCGACACACAGGUUGGAGAGCCAGCUACUGCCAUCGAGUCUUCUGAGGCUGAGAUCCCCAGUACGAGUGAGCCAGCUCCUCAGAGAUCUUCAAUCUCCGACACACAGGUUGGAGAGCCAGCUACUGCCAUCGAGUCUUCUGAGGCUGAGAUCCCCAGUACGAGUGAGCCAGCUCCUCAGAGAUCUUCAAUCUCCGACACACAGGUUGGAGAGCCAGCUACUGCCAUCGAGUCUUCUGAGGCUGAGAUCCCCAGUACGAGUGAGCCAGCUCCUCAGAGAUCUUCAAUCUCCGACACACAGGUUGGAGAGCCAGCUACUGCCAUCGAGUCUUCUGAGGCUGAGAUCCCCAGUACGAGUGAGCCAGCUCCUCAGAGAUCUUCAAUCUCCGACACACAGCAUUUAGGUGAAACAGAGUCCUAUCUUUUAAAGAAAAAAUAUGGGAUGAUGGUUUCCCUUGUAAACUACACAGAUUCAGACGAAUCUCAGAGUCCGUCCCGAAUUGCCAUCCAUGACGAUAGCUCUCAGGCAUGGAGUCCAGGUACUGACAUUGAACUCAAAGAAGACAAAGAUAUUUUCCCAAUGCUGAGGAGGACUAAAAGCAUACAGAUGACCAGCCAGAUUGAGUUUGAUUCAGAUGAGCUCUUUGACCCCAGCUCAGCGGACAGUGGAGAGGAAUAUAUUCCUAAAACGAGUGAAGACUCUUCUGGUACAGACACAAGCGAAGUUAUUGACAUAGUCCACAAAAAAGACAGCAUGCUUGGACGCCAAUACUUUCAAAAGCUGUCUCACAUCAGUGAUGAAUGUCUCUUACCAACCCAAGUGAACAGUAGUUCUUCACAGCAGGUGCCCAAGAGAGGACGCUCCCCCUCAAGAAGAGAUAGCAAUUCCAUUAUUAAACGCAAAAGACAAUGUUUAGGCAGUGGAUCCUGUCCCACAACACGAACCAUAGGGGGUAAAUCGUUAAAACAGAGUAUAGUUGGCGACACUGGAUCCGUAUCUGAAAACUCGACACAUGAAGUUGAACCAAAUCUUCCUGAUGGGGCCUCUUCCCUUCUUACAGAAAACAAAGUAGCUGAAGGUUCACGUUCACCUUGCAUACCUGCCGUUUGUAAAAAGGAGGAUGGGUCAAGAAUGUACAACAAAAAGCAAUAUUGUUUGUACUGUAAGAUAGGAGUUGGAAAAAUAGCAAGGCAUUUGGAGCGUGCGCAUCACAAUAAGCCUGACGUUGCACAGGCUUUGUCCUUCCCAAAAGGUUCUAAAGAAAGAAGAAUGCAUUUGGAACAUUUAAGAAACAGAGGCAACUUCGCCCACAAUGUUGAGGUAUUAAAUGCUGGCGUUGGAAAUCUUGUUUCUCGCAAGCAACCCAAACAGGACUCUCAAGCACAGAAUUUCCUCCAUUGUGUUUAUUGUCAAGGAUUGUUCAACAAGAAACUCCUUUGGCGGCACAUGAAGAUCUGCAAGUUCAAACCCGAUGUUCCACAAAAACCUGGCAAAACCCGUGCCCAGGCCCUGUCUGCAUUUGCAGUACCUCCACCACCUGGCGUCAAGAUAGAGUUUUGGAAGCUGUUAAACAACAUGGUUCAAGAUGAUGUUUACAUUGCUGUCAAAUCUGAUGUAUGUAUCAUGGAGUAUGGUGAGCACCUGUAUAACAGGCUUGGAUAUGAUGUUGGCAAGCAUGAAUACAUACGGCAGAAACUGAGGGAGCUUGGAAGGCUUCUGGUAUGUUCGAGGAAAACUACUCCCUUAAAGACUAUUCAAGACCAUGUCAAACCCAUCAAUUUCUUGUAUGUUGUGCAAGCAGUCAAACAUGUGGCAGGCUUCGACAGUGAAACCAAUACAUACAAGUGCCCAAGUCUUGCCCUUAAAAUUGGACAUAGCUUGAAAAAGAUGUCAAUGCUUGUUGAAAGCCGUGCAAACGUACAGAGCAACUACUCAGCAGCUAAAGAUGCUCGUACGUUCCGCAGAGUAUAUGAAACCCGAUGGAAUGAACUGAUUUCUGCCGCAUCACUGAGAACCCUUCAGGAAUCCAAGUGGAAUGCUCCUCAGUUGCUUCCAUUUACAAAAGAUGUCCAGACUCUCCAUUCUUAUUUAGAUGUGCAACAACAAGAAGUUCACAUUAAAUUGUCUGCAGAUAAAUCUCCCCAGACAUGGUCACAGUUAGCAAAGGUCACUUUGACACAAGUCAUUUUGUUUAACCGACGUAGAGCAGGGGAAGUUUCAAAAAUGCCCCUAUCUGCAUAUUUGUCUCAAAAUCCAUCACAUCCUCAGGAAGAUGUAAAUAUUGCCCUGUCAGAACUAGAAAAGAAACUAUGUAAAUACUUCAGGAGGAUAGAGAUAAGAGGAAAGAGGGGAAGAAAGGUCCCUGUGCUUUUGACCCCAGCAAUGCAGCAAGCACUGGAUCUGCUCGUCGGCACACGGCAGGAAUGUGGGGUUCCUAAGGAGAACAUUUACUUGUUUGCGAGACCAUCUGCUUUCACCUGCUACCGCGGUUCUGAUUGCCUUCGAUACUUUGCCAAGGCCUGUGGUGCAAAGAAUCCUGAAAGUCUCACCUCUACAAAACUACGCAAGCAAACUGGAACUCUGUCUCAGGUUCUUAACCUCACCAAUACAGAGCUGGAUCUGUUGGCAGAUUUUCUCGGCCAUGACAUAAGAGUGCAUCGGCAAUUCUACAGACUUCCUGAGGGCACCCUUCAGCUUGCUAAGAUCAGCAAACUUCUCAUGGCCUUGGAGCAAGGACGCCUGGCAGAAUUCCAGGGCAAGACCCUGGAUGACAUCAGCAUUGAUCCUGAGGAGAAUGUGCACAUGGACAGCGACAAUGAGACAGCGUGUGAGUCAGACUCACAAGAGGGUCAAGUCACAUCCACUCAGAUGGAGAAUAAAACAUCAAUGAGAGAUGGGAGCAAUACAGAUGAAGCAUCGCAACAGGGCCCUAUGACACCUCCACCAGCCGCUCAACCACAGACCGAGAGAAGGCAAAAAGGUCGGCAGCCUUUCAAGAAAAAGCUGUGGGAAAAGACGGAGAUCCAAGCUGUUGAGAAGCACCUGAUGUCUUUCAUUAACACAUGUCGCGUUCCGCGGAAAAGCGACUGCGAUAAGUGUCUUAAAAUGGAAGGAGAAGCACUCAAACAAAGAAAUUGGUUGGCCAUAAAGUUUUAUAUAAAGAAUCGGAUCACAGCUCUCAAGAGCAAAAUGUAAAGUGAUCAUUGAUGUCUGUUGACACCAUUACUUUUUUUUGUAAAGUGUAAUGCUUGCAAAAGUUAAAUGUUUGAUGUAAGCCGCUAUACAAAUAUAUAGAUCAUACUUUAUUUCUUCUUUCACCCCUCAUUGAUGUCCUCUUAAUACCUCCUUUUCUUUUAUCUGAAUUAUUCACAAUUUCCUCUUCAACCUUAUCUAUUUGAUCUUCUCUUACCUCUAUGCUUUUUAAAUCUCAUCUCUUUUUUGUAAUCUUCCUUUUAUCUGAACUACCUUAUCAUCUCUUCUAGUUUCUCAUAUUAUCUUGUUUUUUUCUUAACACAAUUUAAUCUUGUCCCUUUUCACACUUUCAAUUUCCUCAUUUCUUUCAAUAUCAUCUGGAAAUACAUUAUUAUAUAUAUAUAUUUAUAUAUAUAAAUAAUAAUGUAUUCUAAUGUAUUGUAUGUAAUAAUUAAAAGUCUAAUAACGACAAUCUCCUUGUAUUUACUGGAAAGCUCUAUAAUAACAUUGUAUUGCUUAAAUGGAAAUUACAAUGACUAUUUAAGCAGAAUACCCAUAUAAGCAUGACUUGUAUGGCUCCAAUAAUUAACACUUAGAACACAAACCCCUCUUUAUUUAAAAAGAAGGAAACUGAUGCAAAUUCAGUAAAUGUACUGUGAGUCUCAUUCACGAGUUCAGACAUCCCUGUGUCACAGUGGUUAAAUAGACUAAUAAAAAGCAUUACUAUAAUAGCUUAAAUAUUAAUUAAAAUGCUAUCAGUACAUUAGAAUUCAAUAUAAUUGUGUCACAACAGAAGCUACAUGUUGACACUAAAGGUGAAAAUCCUUCUGCAUCAUGAUAGCCCUCACUUUGACAGUCAAAGGUGUUGCAUUGUUACCUAAAGUAAGUUUAGUAAUAGUGUGCUAAGUGGCCCCACUAAUGUUUUAAACCAGACAGUGUAUUUUUGGAGCCCACACAUGACUAAAAGCCAGACAGUGUGUAUAUAUGGACCCCUCCUGUAACUCUGUACCUGACAAGACCCCAUGAAACGGGUUAUAGUCCGGUCAGUGACCUCUACUUUCUCUGAUUGAUAAUUUGAAGUGAAAUCUUUGUUUGAGUCCACUUCAGGAUUCUGCCUGAUUUUUUACAGUGCUGUACAACCUUCAGAAAGGGUGGACCCCAAAAGGGAUGGUCUGGUCAGGUACCCCCAGAAUGUAAUAAAGACAAGGGUGUGUGUGUGUGUGUGUGUG